CCUUUGAGAUAUCCGUUUUAGGUGGCUCGACCAUCCCCACCCACGUCCUCCCGGCCCUUCCACUGUGUCCUCCCCGGCUAUCCUUUUCUCCCCUGCUUCCGAUAAUUAUCCUCUCUGUUUACCCGCCAACUGCCCCCUUCAUUAAUCUAUUCAAUACAGAUUCCUUUUUUUCCCUUUUCUUUUUUGAAAUUUCUACCGUCCCACAUGCCCACUCAUAGCGAGCUCUUGUCUGACGGUUUACGCCAGCUUCAGCUUGAACAGAGUCAGCAGUCAUCCGAGGCCCAGCUGUCUCCAAAUGGUGUCGAUCAUCCUUUGCAGGGUGAUCCGGCGUCUGACCCCUCACGAGACACCGAUUCUCAGCACCCUUCCCCCACUGCCUUAGCCCUGCGCACUCCGUGGCCUCAUGUUCGUGAAGGUUACGGGUUUCGAACGCCUUCUGGUGCAUCGACUCCUCAAACGUUGGUAUCCCAGCCCGGUGAGAGGGCGAGUCCCCUGCCCGAUCCACACGGCUUGGGCUGGCCGGCCAAGUCCACUAUUUCUCGUCUUCACGCCACCCCCGCGGAGCGUGCUGUCCGCGAGAAGAGAAUGAUUGCUGCAGUUCGAACCAUUCUCGAAUGCAUCGGCGAGGAUCCUGAUCGCGAGGGCCUGCUCAGAACCCCCGAACGCUAUGCAAAUGCCGUCAUGUGGAUGACUAGGGGUUAUGAGGAACGCCUUGUGGAUGUCAUCAAUGAUGCUGUGUUUACGGAGGACCACGAUGAAAUGGUCUUGGUUCGUGAAAUCGACUUCUCCAGUCUGUGUGAACAUCACCUUGUCCCGUUCACAGGGAAAGUUGCCAUAGGCUACAUUCCCAACCAACUGGUCCUUGGUCUUUCCAAGCUCGCACGUAUAGCCGAAACUUUCAGCCGCCGUUUGCAGGUCCAAGAACGGCUGACCAAACAGAUCGCUAUCGCAGUUCAAGAGGCAAUCAAGCCACGUGGGGUGGCAGUCGUCAUGGAGGCAACCCAUAUGUGCAUGACGAUGCGAGGGGUGCAGAAGCCCGGCUCCAUAACGGUCACAUCGUGUAUGCUAGGCUGUUUCAGGACGCAACAAAAGACUCGGGAAGAGUUCCUUACGCUAAUAAAGAAGUAAUCCCACCAACCCUGGGCGAUUCAACUCGUAUAAUCGAUUCAACUCGCGCUAACUUUAUUAUCUCAUAAUUCACAUGGGUGGAGAGUGGGCUGGGAUCAAACUGUCAGGGCACCGAUUACCAGAAAAGAGCUGGUAGGAAAUGUAAUGAUAUCCGGAAAAGAUUUCGUAGGCAAUGUAAUGAUAUCCUGAAAAAUUAAAGACACAAUUGGCAGUGGCACAGCUUAACAUCACGAGCACU